CUCUCUCCCCCUCUCUAUCUUGUCUCACAAAACCCUCACGAUAAACCCUAAUCUCUUUCUCUCUCUCUACACUGAAACUGUGAUCAGAAACCCUAAUCAUUUCAAAACGUUGCAACUUUUCUCUCUCUAAAACUGCAUAUUGCUAUAUCUACAUACACCUUUAUCUGCAUUGAAUUGCUUCAUUUCGUCAUGAAGAACAACAACCUGAAGAGAAAGAAAGCUCCAGCUCAAAAGGGAACCAAAAGAGCCAAGAGAGAUUUCUCAAUCAACGCAGACCCAUUCUUUGACGCCGAACCGAAACGCAGAACAAAAAUCGCUGACGAUGAGGACAUAGAGAGCGGAGACGAGUCGGAAGAAGAAUUCAACGAGUCCGGCGGAGAAAGAAGAUCGGCGGCGGAGGAGGAAGAAGAAGAGACUGCGGCGGAGAAGAGGAAGAGAGUUGCGGAUGCGUAUUUGGAGAAGAUAAGGGCGAUAGCGAAGAGGGAGCAGGAGGACGAGGAUGAGGAGAGAGGGAGCGGUGAUGAGGGGGAGAGAGAAGGCGAGAGGGACACGCUUGUAGCUCAGAUUCUGCAGCAGGAGCAGCUUGAAGAGAGCGGUCGUAUUCGCAAAUUGAUUGCUUCGAGGGUUCAAAAGCGAGAAACUGCUGAUGGAUAUCGGGUCUUGGUGAAGCACCGGCAGUCCGUCACUGCUGUAGCUCUGUCUGAGGAUGACCUGAAGGGGUUUUCUUCUUCCAAGGAUGGCACUAUUGUUCAUUGGGAUGUAGAUAGUGGGAAAGUUGAAAAAUACCUUUGGCCGAGUGAGAAAGUACUAAGGUCCCAUGGUGCAAAAGAUCCAAAGGGUAGAGCUACAAAGCAAAGUAAGCAUGUUUUGGCAUUGGCUGUUAGCUCAGAUGGUCGUUACUUAGCAAGUGGAGGCUUAGAUCGUCAUGUUCAUUUAUGGGAUACCCGCACGCGAGAGCAUGUUCAGGCUUUUCCAGGUCAUCAAGGACCUGUGUCAUGUUUGACUUUCAGACAAGGGACUUCAGAACUGUUUUCGGGUUCAUUUGAUCGAACUGUUAAGAUAUGGAAUGCAGAAGAUAGAGCUUACAUAAGCACAUUAUUUGGUCACCAAAGUGAAGUGUUAACUAUUGAUUGCUUGAGGAAAGAACGGGUUUUGACUGCUGGACGUGAUCGGGCUAUGCACUUGUUUAAAGUCCCCGAAGAAUCACGGCUAGUAUUUCGUGCUCCAGCAACAUCUCUGGAGUGCUGUUGUUUUAUUAAUAAUGACGAAUUCUUAUCGGGCUCGGAUGAUGGAAGUAUUGAGCAUUGGAACAUUCUGCGGAAGAAGCCCGCUCACAUCAUAAGAAAUGCCCAUGCUUUGUUGACUUCUCACGGGUUGGAACAAAGAAGUAAUGAAGGAUUACCAAAUGGGCACGCAGAUUCCACUCCUGCAGAAAAUGGCAUUCACAUUCCUGAAAACUGUAUUUCAUCAGCACACUCCUGGGUGAGUUCUGUUGCUGUAUGUAGAAGCAGUGAUCUUGCUGCUUCAGGAGCUGGUAAUGGUUAUGUUCGUCUAUGGGAAAUUGAAAAUGAGUCCAAAGGCUUACGGCCCUUAUUUGAGCUCCCAGUGGUGGGGUUUGUAAAUUCAUUGGCUUUUGCGAAAUCUGGACAAUUCCUGGUGGCUGGAGUUGGGCAGGAACCGCUUAGGAAGGUGGGACGUAUUCCUGCUGCUCGAAAUGGAGUCGCUGUGCAUUCCUUGAAGCUCUUGUGAAAUUGGGUAUAGGGUUCCUCAAUUUUGACUGACCUGAGUUUAGAAAUUAAAAUGAGAAUUUGAUGUUUGCCGGUCUUUUUUGUGAUCUUUAAAAUUUAUCAAUGACCGAUAUAUUUCAACUACGUUUUUGUACAUUCUGUUGAUUUUAUCUUUUUUCGUUCUCAUGGAUUAAAAAGAAAAGAAAGGGAAUUUCAUGUGGACAUGGAGCUUUUCCAUGUGUUUUUAUUGGAAGGGUAGGUAUAGGGCAUUACCAAAGGGGACUGCCAUAUUUGAUUUUGAAUUUUAGAUGGUUUAGGGUCAUAAAUUGUUACUUUUUGAGUGGCAAUAUGUUAGGUAUUAUAUAUUUAAACAAGUUUUGCCUAAAUACAUAAUUUAAAUGCCUUGUA